AUGGACCAAGGACAAGGAGGCCAAGGCGACCUCAACUGGCGCCUCAGCGCGCACCCGAUCACGCUACUUGUCUUCUUAGGCAUUCGGAUCGGUGCGCUACUGAUGUAUCUAUUUGGUGUACUCUUCAUCGAUGACUUUAUCCUCGUCUUCAUUUUCACCCUUCUACUCCUCUCCGCGGAUUUCUAUUACCUCAAAAACAUUGCGGGGCGCCGGCUGGUCGGCCUACGUUGGUGGAACGAGGUCGACACCUCGACCGGCGACUCGCAGUGGGUCUUCGAAUCAUCCGACCCCAAUGUUCGCACUGUGACAGCCACUGACAAGCGGUUCUUCUGGCUGAGCUUGUAUGUCACACCAGCUCUGUGGGUGGGCCUUGCGAUUUUGGCCAUUGUGAGACUUGUCGGUGUUAUUUGGCUCAGUCUGAUUGUCAUUGCACUCAUCUUGACUAUCACAAAUACCAUGGCCUUCUCUCGCUGUGAUAAGUUUGGUCAGGCCUCCACAUAUGCCAACUCGGCUCUAGGUGGUGGUAUUGUGAACAACAUCGCCGGUGGCCUGCUGGGCAGGCUAUUCCGGUUAACGACAAUGGAGACCAAUAUUCAUGGAGACCGAGACGAUGGUUUCACAUGCGGACAAUGCGGUGAAUCUGGCCACAUGACUCGCCAGUGCCCGAAUGACUCGGCUCCUCUUCCUCUGAGACAGAGGGACAGCAAUGCAGGCGAUGCCUAUGGCAACCGCGGUGAUGGCAAUACCGGAGGAUAUGGUGAAUAUGCCGGUGGUGGUGACAGCGCUUGCUACAACUGUGGCCAGGAAGGACAUAGCAAGGCCGAGUGUACCGAGCCCCGCAAGAUGGGCGCAUGCUUCAACUGCGGCCAAGAAGGUCACUCCAAGGCCGAAUGCACCGAGCCUCGCAAGAUGGGCGCAUGCUUCAACUGCGGCCAAGAAGGUCACUCCAAGUCCGAAUGCCCUAACCCGCGCGUGUUCAAGGGUACCUGCCGUAUCUGCGAAAAGGAAGGCCACCCCGCUGUUGAUUGUCCUGAGAGACCCCCCGAUGUUUGCAAGAACUGCCAGGCUCAAGGCCACAAGACGAUGGAAUGCAAGGAGAAUCGCAAGUUCGAUCUCAACCUUGUUGCUGACAUGCUUCCCCAUGAAGCUUGGGCUGCAAUGAAGAAAGCUAGCGACGAAAGGGACCUUGAUGAUUUCCGCGAGGCACUCAAAAUCUACUCUAAGGCAGUUCCCCACGCCACUUGGGCUGAUAUCGAGAGAAAAAUGCGCGAAGAUGACUUCAAUGUCUACAUCAUUGCUAUGGAGAUUGACGUUGACGAUGUCAUGAGCCUUAUCGAUCUCCAGGGAGUGCUUGAUCGCGAGUUCGUGAUUGGAUUCUUUUUUAGCCCCAAGGCGUCGCGUGGCCACCUCCGAGACCGUUGGCCUGCGGAUGCCGAGGAAAACCUCGAACGCAUGAACAACGCUGGCAUUCCCUACGAGCGCAAGGUGCCCAAGUGUCUGAACUGUGGAGAGUUGGGCCAUAUCUCGCGCAGUUGCAAGCGGGAGCGUGAGGAAGGCAACGAGCGUGUGGAAAUCAAGUGCUCAAACUGCGAUGGGCUUGGACACCGUGUGCGUGAUUGCAGACAGCAGCGCAAGAACAAGCAUGGUUGCCGUAAUUGCGGGUCUGUGGAGCAUAGGGGUUCUGACUGCACCGAGCCCCGAUCUGCAGCUGAUGUUGAAUGCCGGAAGUGCAACGAAACUGGCCAUUUUGCCAAAGAUUGCCCCAAUGUUGCUGACCGUGGCCCUCGCACCUGCCGCAAUUGCGGAUCCGAAGACCACAUUGCGCGCGACUGUGAUCAGCCUCGUAAUCUUUCGACCGUCACCUGCCGUAACUGCGAAAAGACUGGACAUUACUCUCGUGAUUGCGAUCAGCCGAAAGACUGGUCGAAGGUGCAGUGCAAGAACUGCGGAGAAAUGGGCCACACCGUUGUCCGUUGCCGUCAGCCGCCCAAGGAUGAAGAGCCUCAAGAUGAACCUGCUUUCUCUCCCGGCUCUCCCAAUCGCGAAGAACCUGAUCUGCUGGGCCCAGAGGCCAGCGAACCGUUCAACUUUAAGCGGCAUGAUGACAACGAUGACCUGUGGUAA